AUAGCCUAAUAAUUAUAGAAGUAUUCCAUGUGGUUUGUAUCCAGUUCCCGUUUAUCCCGAAUAUUUCCCUUUCCCAUCCAGGCCUGACGGAGCUAUUUCCGUAGGAAAUGUCACUUUAGUGUUUUAAUUUUUGGGCCUGAAUUUUCGUCCUGAAGUCAGUGAAGUGGCAUAAUUAUUUUGAACAGCAACAGCAGCUGUAGUUCUAUCUGCUUUACCAUGGUUGCGGUGAUUCGAUAACGGAUGUUCUUGUUUUGCUUGGGAAGAUUUUUCAUUUUGCCGGUCGCAAUGGCGCGAAGUAACAGCAUCAGUUCUUUUUCCACUGAGGCGGGGCAAAGUAUUAACCAUUACGAAACGGACUAAUUUUGGCGAAGAGAGUGUCAUCCAUGCAUAAGGACAAAUAUGGCAGUUCGUUUACCGCUCAUCAACACGGAUCGAGAUAUUCUAGUCAAGCUGAGAACAAAGCCGCAAAACACCGACAACAAGAAGUACAGUUGCCAACACCGGACAGUGCCGGUAGCGUGAAGACCGGAAUAUUGAUGCUUAACUUGGGAGGACCGGAAACGACAAGCGAUGUUCAUGACUUUUUACUGCGAUUAUUUUCCGAUAAGGAUCUCAUUCCUCUUCCUGCUCAAAGCAUAUUGGCACCGGUUAUCGCAAAAAGACGAACGCCAAAAAUUGUCGAACAGUACAACCGGAUCGGCGGUGGCUCGCCUAUCAAGAAAUGGACGGAAACACAAGGAGAUGCUAUGGUUAAACGCUUAAACGAAACCGCUCAAGAGUAUGGUCCAUUUAAGCGAUACAUUGGGUUUCGUUACGCACAUCCUUUGACCGAAGACGCUCUCGACCAAAUGGAGAAAGACGGCGUAACACACGGUGUUGCAUUUACUCAAUAUCCCCAGUACUCCUGUUCAACCACCGGAAGCAGUCUGAAUGCAAUCUACCGGCAUUAUCGCAAGAAUCCUAACAGCAAGAUCCAGUGGUCGACCAUUGACCGUUGGCACUUACACGACGGUCUUGUCGAUGCAUUUGCACAGCAUAUACGAGAGGAGCUGCUACAGUUUCCCGAGGCUGUCCGGAAAGACAUAGUUUUACUGUUUUCUGCGCAUUCGUUACCGUUACAGGUGGUCAAUCGCGGUGAUCCUUAUCCGACCGAAGUCGCCGGCACAGUCACCCGCGUUAUGGAGAAGCUGGGCUUUUCUCAUCCAUACCGCUUAUGCUGGCAGUCUAAAGUUGGACCGUUACCGUGGCUGGCACCACAAACCGAUGACGUGAUUAAAGGUCUGGCAGAACGCGGACGGCGCAAUGCAUUACUGGUGCCCAUCGCCUUCACGAGCGAUCAUAUUGAGACAUUACACGAGCUGGACCUUGAAUAUGCCACGCAUCUGGCCAAGGAAGUCGGCAUGGAACAAGUGCGCCGGGCAAAGUCCCUUAACGACAAUCCGGUAUUCUUGAAGGCGCUGGGUGAUAUUGUGGCCGAACACCUCCGCUCGGGAGCGAAAGCAACGACGCAGUUACAACUGCGCUGUCCGAUGUGCGUUAAUCCUGUCUGCAAGGAAAUGCGCCAUUUUUUCUUGAAAAAGAAUGGCGGUGAAACGGUUAACUGAUGCUUUAUUUUUGUUCUUAUUUUGAAUAUUCACGGAUGCCGGUUUGUGCGACGAAUGGGGUUUUUAUUUUUUAUUUUCAAUAUACACUUGCGCACAGUACGAGUAAUGAUGUAGUACUCUUAAGGUGGAGUAAGCAACAGACAUUAAAAAACC